CGGGCCAGACAAAGUCAAUGCCGGCUUCUUCUUCUUCUUUCCCAUUUGUUCCUCUUCUAUAUUUAAGUCUCAACUGAUUAUAAUCUCACAACUAAAGAAGAAGCAAGAAAGAUACUAAUUAAUGGAGAGCAACGGCGAUAAUAACAAGAGAGUUAAUAAGAUGAUACAAUCAUCAUCUUCCUUCAGGCUUCGAAGCCCAAGCCUUAACGCUCUUCGUCUCCAACGCAUCUUCGACUUAUUCGACAAAAACGGCGACGGUUUCAUCACCGCCGACGAGCUUAGCCAAGCUCUCUCCCGUCUCGGCCUCGACGCCGAUCUCUCCGACCUCUUAUCAACCGUCGAUUCCUACAUCCAGCCCGGUAACGCCGGUCUCGACUUCAACGACUUCUCCUCCCUCCACAAGACCCUCGACGACUCCUUCUUCGGCUGUGUUGCGGGAGACAACGACGACGAUCCUUCCUCCGACGAGUCUGAUCUCGCGGAGGCGUUUAAGGUGUUCGACGAGAACGGCGACGGGUUUAUAUCGGCUAGGGAGUUGCAGGCGGUUCUGAAGAAGCUCGGGUUGCCUGAAGGUGGAGAGAUGGAGAGAGUGGAGAAGAUGAUCGUCUCCGUUGACCGGAAUAAGGAUGGUCGCGUUGACUUUCUCGAGUUCAAGAACAUGAUGCGCGCCGUCGUCAUGCCUUCUUCUUGAUUUCAUUAUAAACAUUCCGACAAGAUAUUUUCCGACAAGAUUAUUAAUUAAUUACUUUUAUUUUCAACUGAAAUCUCUAUGUAAUACUUUUUCCGUUUCUAAAUAGAUGAUGUUUUAGAGAGUUUUUGAUGUUUCAAAAUAGUUGAUGUUUUAGUAUAUCAAUGUACUUUUUAACUUUAUUACAGACUGUGUAACCAAUGAUAAAAUGUAUUUUAUUUUGUGA